GAGAAGGGCUUGUGAUGUCAGAGUGGGUAGGGCUUAGAAGCAGGGAUGAGGGCUAAUCAAGAUAAAUUCAAUUUGUAUUUAAAGUAAAGUCAGCGUUAGUUAAGGCAGUUUUUGACAUGUUAAUCUUGAUGUGUUUUAAAAGCUGCCAAUCACAUUACUGAGGCAGCUCGGAAGGAAGACGUCUAGUGAAGGCACACACUCUCGGAGGUUCAUGGUGUCAUCAUUCUUCUCAAAACUAAGGCCUUCACAAUAGACCAUGACUCCUCGGGAUCACAUGAGAAAGAUGUCUAUCCUGGGGGAGCAAGGAGCUCUCGAGGAAAAGCACUUGUACCGAUUAGCAAGUGGCAUGGCAGCAGGAGAGCUGCGGCAGCGACAGGAGAUGCUCAUGAGGAAUCAGCUGAUGGCAGUAAACCCCCCACUAAUGGGCACCGGCCAGCAGAGAAUGCAGGCAAUUUCCUCCCAGUUCGAGCCUCGACUGGUAGACAGAGAUUUGUUACCUUCAACCGAAAUGAUGGCAUCAGCUGACCCAAGACAAAUUCAUAUAGCAUCCCACCUCGGGCCCACAGUCCCACAGCACACAAACAUGCCAAACAUAUUGGCCAACCGUGUUUAUCCAGGCCCAGGAUAUAGCUUUCUCCAGCCAGAAUCCAUGGAGGCUGUGGCCAGAAGGCAGGAACUGGUUCAAAAGCAAAAUAUUGCCAGGAUGGAAAUGGAGAUGAGUGCUCUUUUUCAGCAAAAAGAAAUGGAGAAAGCUCAUCGGAAAGGGCUGCUGGGCCUGGAAGCACCUUUCCUUUACCACGGGAUGCCAGCCAGCCCCAUUGCUUUCCGCGGCAGACACAGACUACCUGAAGGCCACCUUCCCAGUGACUUAUACGUUCAUCGUACCACCCUCGAUGAAAUUCAUGGCAACACUAUGCUCAUGGCAGCCAGCCCAUACCCCCCAGUCGGCGCUUUGCAGAGGGAGAGGGGCCGCCGGCCAGGAAGAAGAGCUGGAAAUCCCAAAACCGCAGACUGUGGUGCCAACGGCACGAAGAACCAAGCUGAAGACAAAACUGCAGACCUUGCUGCCACCGCAGUGGAUGAUGAGAAAGAGGACAAGAAAGAAGCUGAGGUGGAGGCACCAAACAAACAUGAACAAAGCAAAAAUCAGACUGAGCCAUCUGCAGCUGCCAAAAACUGCAAAGAGUUUGAACAAGACCUGAGGAAAAACUGUGCUGCUCACGAAAUUUCUGCUGAAAGCAACAGCUGCAGCAACACAAAUGAGAAGGAAUCUAAUAGCUCUUGUGCUGCGUUUGAUGACAAGUACAUGUACCCUUCUGCCAUCCCGUUCUCAGCACUACCGUAUGGAUUUCCAGUACCCAGCAACCCAUUGCUAACCCCAGGAGCACAUGGCCUGAUCCUGAAUGGAGAAGACAUUUCUACCAUCGAAGACAUUCGCAAGUGGACUGUCGAUGAUGUAUGCAACUUCAUCGGUAGCCUCCCAGGCUGUUCAGAUUAUGCCCAGAUAUUCAAAGACCACGCUAUUGAUGGAGAAACCCUCCCACUGCUAACAGAGGAACAUCUCCUGGAUACAAUGGGAUUAAAACUCGGACCAGCAUUAAAAAUACGCUCUCAGGUGUCUCGACGUCUGGGCAAUGUGCUCUACAUGAUGCAUCUUCCUUUGUCCGUGCCUCUCCCGUCUGCUCCAGGCAAACCGUCAGACCAGCCCUCCGACAUCGCCUCCCCUCUUCACUGCAACAGCAGUGGCGACGCACUGGAUAGUCCCUGCUCGCAGGGUCCAGAAGCUUCAAAAACAGUGGAACAGAUUGUUUCAGAAAGCAGGGAAAACCCGUGUGACACAGCUGGAUCUCAGGCUGACUUCCAGAUGAUCACUUUUCAGAAAAGUUGAGCCAGGUCCAGGGCAUGAAAUGUUACUGCUGAUACAGGAACCUCUAGUUACGAAGUGUUUGAGUGGAUAGCUGCAGCCUGAAACCCUUGCACGAUUGGGACUGAACGAAAUAAUCUGCAAAUGAUGCAUGAGGCAGUGUGGUAUCUCAAAAGCAUUUUUAAAAUGCAACUACAUAUUAGUGCAAUUACUUUCAAGUGCAAUUCAUUGAAAAGGGUACCAGUACAGCUAACAGAUACAU